AUGCUGCGGCCGAAGGCCGCCGCCGCCAUCGACGCGUCCAGCGACGACGCGCCGUUGUCGCAGCUGGCGCAGGCCCCGUCGGUCGUCGAGGAGCCCGAGACGCCUGUCGACGCGCAGCCGCCGUGGGUGCCCGAGACGCAGACGCAGCGAGAGGACGAGCCCGAGGAGCAGGCGAUUGCCCCAUUCAUAAAGCGACCCGCGUUUCUCGCCGUGGCCGAUGUCAAGGGCAAGGGGGUCCGCCGCUCGAUCGAGGACAACGCCGACUUCAUCAGAGCAACGAUAGAGGUGCUUCCGUCUCUCGGCUUGCUCAAGCGGGACUGCGAGGACAUGCUGGGCGAGAUUGCCAAGCAGAACGGGUUCAAGUUCAAGAGCGACGACGAGAAAACCAGUUGGCAGUCGACGAUGGGGAAGCGGCUCAAGGACUACUGGCGCCAGAUCAACCUCAGCAGGUACAAGAAGGACAAGGCGCCCGCGUGGUUCAGGUCGCUGGGCUUCUCUGGCGAGGGCGGAGAUGGCAACUCCGACGGCGCACCGCCCUGCAGGAGACCAGCAGCAGCGGCCGCUGGCUCGAUCGUCUACUCGUUCGGCUACGACAAGGACACUGGGCUGGCCUACCGCUGGCCAGAGGGCUCCAACAAGAAGAGCCACACCGAGUGGGCCAAGGAGAUGGUGCCUCCAGAUCAGAGCUCCGAGACCGACCCCAUGGUGGCCAUCUUCAGCGACGGCAGCACGAAGAGCGUCAUGCAGACCACGGUGAAGAAGUGGAUGGCCGAGUUCGGCGACAGCGCAACCCUGCGCAGGCCAGCAGCAGCAGCAGCAGCAGCGCGAGCAGCAGCGCCGACGGGAGCAGCAGCAGCAGCAACAACGCCUGAGCUGUUCGUGGGCUACAUGGACACGGAGAAGAUCGACGUGCACUUUCGUUGGGACGCGCCAGGCGGCCGCAAGAUUCGGUACAUCUGCCUGCGCCACGCUGGCCAGGGCCAAAUCGUGCAGCUGAACGUGGAAGCGUUCGCAGCUGAUGGGGAGAGCAUCGCCGUCUCCAGCCAGCGGAGCAAGCUGGAGAAGCUCGCCGCCGAGUGGAUGAACCCGAUCGCCAAGAAGUACGCGGAGGGCACGCUCGACAAGGAGGGCGUCUGCAACAAGAAGAAGGAGGACUUCCCGCAGACGCAGAUGAAGCGCAGGCCUGCAGCAGCGGCCCAACUGCUCGGCGAGUCGCUCGCGCACACGUCGGCGGCGGCACUGAAGGCCGCGCAGGUGGCCACCGAGGGGAUGCAGAGUCUCACGAGGGGGCACCAGGCUCAGGUUGCGGACGCCGCUUACUUCGAGGAGGAGUUGAUGAAGAUGUUCAUCGACAGCGGGCUGCAGGACAUGGAGAUCGAGAGCGAGGACGACGACGACACCACCUCCCACCUGAAGGACAAGUUGGACAGGCAGUACGACCACUUCUUGGAGCUCUGCGCCAUGGAGAACUUCGAGGUGGACGCGGACAGCCAGGUGGGCAAGAGGUUCCGCCGCUGGUGCGCGGCGAACCAGGCGAGGAAGGCCGAGUACGACAAGAAGGACUGCGACGCGAAGGCCUUGGCUCGCAAGGAGUGGGCGAAGCAGAAGUACGAGGAGUACCAGGAGACACGCAGCAAGAUGAAGCAGCAGAUCGUCAGCCGCCAGAGGAAAGGCCAGAUGCUCAACUUCGAGCAGAUCCUCGAUAAGGAGGGGGGCUCCGUCGGCGCCAUUCCUUCGGCGGCCUGCGUCAAGGGCGCGGUGGAGUCCUGCAAGUGGGCCAUACUGCAGCAGGCCAAGAACAGGAACAGUACGUGGGUGGCCAUCAGCAAGCGCUCGAAGAGGCUGACUUUCAAGUACGUCGAGGAGACCGAGAUCGAGGACGACCGCACCACUUGGAAUACAGAGCAGCGCGAGACGAACCCAGUGGUCAAGGAGAUCGAGACGAUAAAGCCAGCGCCUGCGACAGCGGCGACUGCGACACCAGGGACGGCAUCGCAACCGACGGCGCCGCUGGACACUCCGCUGAAGCCAAGCAAGGAGAAGGAGAAGAGGGAGUCACCGAAGGAGAAGAAGGACAAGAGAGACAAGGACAAGAAAGACAAGGGCGCCUCGUCCAGGGCCAAGGCCAAAGCCAAAGGUAAAGGCACCAAGCGCCGUGGAGGCGCUGGCUCUGGCGGGGACACCGCGAAGGCCAUGCACAAGCGGGCGUUCGAUCUCACCCUCAGCUACGGGGCCGCCACGACCCAGGCGUCGGCCUUGCUGAACAAGAUCGAGUCCAAGGACGAGGAGUGGUCGUGGGCGGACAACAAGAAGUUCAAGGGCUCCCUGCAGAAGGCGCUGGAGACCCUGAAGACCGCGGCCGCCAAGAACGAGGACAUCAACAAGAUGCUCUGCAUGGGCGCCUCGGGGGUUGAGAUCCGCACCGACAUGACCAUCGACGACGACACUACCAACUUGCCGCAGCUCUCGGUGGAGUUCGGGGAGGUGGAGGACGCCAUCGACAGCGUGAAGGCCGCGGCUGCCCGCAUCAAGUCGAUCAAGGACGGCAUGAGCUCCGAGUCGUCGCAGUAG